AUGAAAUCUGUUCCAUACGUAUGUUAUGGCAAUUGUUUGUACAUUGAGUCAAAAAUAGCUAAUGUCACAGGUAUUUCAGGAGUUAAUAGUAAAGGUUCAGUAGAAUAUAAAUCCUUCUGUUAUGAAGUAAAUUCAAUGUUCAUUCCAAACGUUCCUGUCAUAGCAACUCAUUUAGGUAAAUGGGUUCGCAUUAGUCCUCAUAAUUUGAAAGACAUGCAAUUCAGACUUGUUGACUUUCAAGGAGAGCCUGUAGAACUGAAGGCACCAGUGCGAAUGACUGUUGAAGUUGACUUUUUAGAAAAUAUUAAAUGCAACAGCUUACAAGAGAACUCAGAGCUAAAAAUAUAA